AUGAGCGCGACCUGCUGCGUCGCGAGGUGGACGAGCAGCGCCGGCUGCUCAAGAACUGCGUGGAGGAGGUGUUCGCGCUGAAGGAGGAGCUGACUCGUCUGCUGGCCACGCACUGUCCGCCGGCCGAGGCGCAGCGUCAGCAGAAGCUCUGUGAACGACUGGCGCGCCACGUAACAGAGAUCGAGCGAGAUGUGGCCGAGAAGGGCGCACGCGCCGCCCAGUGGCGCGCUGAAAAGGAGCAGCGUGAGGCGGCGCUGGCCGAACUGGAGGCCUCGCUGGAGCGGCAGCAGCAGGAGGCGCGCCGGCUGGCCGCUGAGCUGGAUCGGGCGCGCACACAGGCCGGCAAACAGGCCGAGGAUAACCAGAAAUCGAUAACGGUGUUGGAAAAUGAGGUGGACUCGCUCACCAAGGAAAAGGAUGCGAUGAAAGCCAGCCACGCAAAGGAAGUGGAUCAACUGAAGAAGAGCAUAAACGAUGCGGAGGCGUCAGUUAAAACUGCCAGCGCCAGCCAGCAGCAGCUGAUCGCGGCGCGCCGCGAACAGGACCGGCUCGCCCGUCAGCUGGCCGCCCUGACUGAGCGCACCAAUCAGCUGGCCGAGGCCCGCCGUUCGGUCGAGGUCAAGGCUGCGCAGGUCAUCGGCCUCAAGUCGACGAGGCAAAAGUCGAAGCUGGAGGAGGUGGCUAAGGACCUGAACAAGCUGAAGAGCGUUUUCUCCGACCAGGACCUGCCGGGACUCUGCGAAUGCAAUGAGGUGAUGUCGUCGGCCGCCAAGCUGACAGAGCUGAGUUAG